GAGCGAGAGGGAGAGAGUGAGCAGACCAAAUCGUACCGCUCGAUAUUUGCGAAGCACGAGAACGGGACGAGGUCUAGAUAUUCGCGCGCGAACGUUUCUCAGCGAGGAGGAGCGGCGAUCUUCCUCGUCGGGAAGACGACGACCGGACGAGAAUCCGGGCUGCCGAAAUUGAGAAAUCGUCCGGAAUGUCUCGGGGGCCGGAAUGUUCGCGGCGCCGUGAAAGAGCGACUCGGUCGCAAUGGCGAUCCUCGCGGAAAACUACGCGCGAUCGACAGCCCGGCUCAUCCUCGAGCCUCGAGUGAAACGUCUCGGACAUGCGGAAAGAUUCGUGUUAUCCGUUUAUCGCUCGAUAUUUCGUCUCGGCCGAAAGUUGCUAGCCAACACGGCGCGAUCGACAGUCGAAUGUCGCGCGGACGGUUAGUAGCCGCGCGCUCGCUUGCGUACCGUUCGAAAAACAUUCGACUCCGUCGUCGUCGCCGUCGCUGUCGCUGCUGCUGCUGGUAGAAGUUCCGGCAGAAGUCACUAGAUGCGUCAGUGGCGAAUUGCGGAGCCAACGUUUCCCGUGGGCAGAAUUCACAGGCAUUUGAAAAACAGAACCACCAGUCAUGGUCGAGUGGGCGCUACUGCGGCGGUAUACAGCGCGGCCAUUUUGGAAUACCUUACUGCCGAGGUGUUGGAGUUGGCGGGAAACGCGUCAAAGGAUCUGAAAGUCAAACGUAUUACACCUAGACAUUUGCAACUUGCCAUUCGUGGUGACGAAGAAUUAGAUAGUCUCAUUAAGGCAACUAUUGCAGGAGGAGGUGUCAUUCCACAUAUCCAUAAAUCGCUGAUCGGCAAGAAGGGUUCGCAGAAGCCAGCAUAAUUUACAGCAGCAGUUAUUACAAAAUUUCAACUGACGUACAUCUCGAGAUAAAUGGGUGAACGGGAAGAGAGGAGAGCGAGAGCGAGAGCGAGAACGAGAACGAGAGCGAGCGAGAGAGAGAGAGAGAGAGAGAGAGAGAGAGAGAGAAAAAGAGAAAGAGAGAGAGAGAGAGAGAGAGAGCGGUCGAGUGAUCGUUGACAAAGUGUACCUACAUUACUAAAUUGAUUGCGAGACUGGCGUGAUAUAUAUAGAUACAUAUAAAUAUAUAUAUAUAUAUAUAGAUAUAUAGAUAUAUAAAUAAAACAGAUAUUGAUAUAAUUUAAUAUAGGUAAAGAGACGAAAAAAAAAAGAACGAAAAGAUAAAAACAAACAUCAUACAAUUGGCACACAGGAAAGACGGCGAAAGAAAGAAAAGGGAAGAGCGAGCGUGGGGCGAGAGGGAAAGGGAGGGAAAUUCAUUUUAGAAGACGAGUAGUAAAUUUGUAGUGUGUCGCGAGCGAUGCGUUGUAGCAUGGCUCGCCUUGAGAGAUAGCAGUCUUUGGUACAGUUUGCAAUUGACGAACACUGUGGAGACCGCUGAAGCACCCGAGGGGGUACUCCGGGCAAAGUAUUUCCGAUCGUACAUCUUGAUCACCUACGAUACACCGACGACGAAAAAUUGUCGAUUCCCUAUUAUCGAGUCACCGUCGCCUAGAGUCUCGUCCUACCUUUCUUAAAUCGUGUUGCGCCGAGAAAAAGCCUUCUCUCUCUUAUUUUUAUUAUUAUUAUUAUUAAUAUUAUAUUCUCACUCACAAGCGAUAAUUUGUUUCACGACGCACGGUACGACACGCACGCAACAAUCAGUUUUCUCAUGACUUUGUUCUCGCAUAUAAGUUGCGGUAUAUUUUAAUAAAUGUGUUGCACACGUUCUAUGUAGAUCGGCGUGCGAUGAAUCCCGGGGGCACAUUUGCAUAUUUCGGAUUUAGACACAGUAAAGAUUUCCUUAUCGUCGGAUUCGUCGAGAGCGAUAAAACAACAAAAUAAUGGAACGGAGCGACGUAUUUUCCUCGUUGCGUUGGUUCUCGUAUAGACCCACUCGGCCAAAUGUGUACGGUAUAUAGAGGUGAACGAUCAAGUUUCCAGUCUUCUCGAUCUGCCGCUAGCUAGAAUUACACAUCGAUCUCUUUGCACAUUAACGAGUCUCGAGAUUUCUCGCGCUUUUUACCCGGUAGAGUCUCACCGUUGUGACGACAUGAAGAGAGUUCUCUGAUGAGAGUUUGGAAAUUUGACUGAUCGAUACGACUGUAUAUAGCGUUUCUAAUUGAGUGUAGGAGAUUCUCCAAGUCUCAGUGAACAUUGUGUUUUACAAACUGGAGCUUUCGGGAAUACGAGCGAGGCUUUCGUUCCGGUGAAGCCGGACUGUAGAGUGUUAAGUUUUUUGUUUGCAAAAUCGUAGGUCUCCGGCUUCGAUUGUUGUAAAAUAAUACGCGAGAUAAUAAUAAUGGGCGCGAGUUUUGUAGCGCCUAAAAAGUUUUCAUUGGCGUACGCGAGAGAGAACGUGCCGAAACUUUUUACUUUCGCUCCGGUCAUUUUUCUUUUAUUUUAACGUUUGUCAGUUCUUCGUUAUCUGUACGAUUUAGCAUAAUUUUUACUGUACCUACGGUGUUGCACCGUACGUUAAA